GUAAUGGAAAUAAGAACAAAAAUAAACAAAUGGGACCUAAUUAAACUUAAAAGCUUUUGCACAGCAAAGGAAACCAUAAACCAAAUGAAAAGAGAACCUACAGAAUGGGAGAAAAUAUUUGCAAAUGAAGCGACCAACAAGGGGUUAAUCUCCAAAAUAUACAAACAGCUCAUACAGCUCAACAUCAAAAAACAAACAGCCCAAUCAAAAAAUGGGCAGCAGGAGUCCGCCCAAGCAGUGGUGUAGAGGUGACGGGAUGCCUGGAUUCCUCAGUUUCCUUCCUUUUCCAUUCCUGGGCUGGAGGAAAUACCUGAACAUAUGGUAUCCCAAUGCCGGGCAGCCAGGGCCAUAUCCACACACCCCCAACGUCGGGUACCCUGGAGGUUGCAAUCCUGCCCAUCCACCACCUGCCACCCCUACCUUUCCUCCAGGUCCCUUUCCCACUCCCCCAGGAGCACCCCAGGGGAAUCCAGCCUUUCCCCCUGGUGGGCCCUGUCAUCCUGUGCCACAACCAGGGUAUCCAGGAUGCCAACCCUCAGGUCCCUACCCCCCUCCAUACCCACCACCUGCCCCUGGUAUGUGUCCUGUGAAUACAUUGGCUCCUGGCAUGGUUGGACCAGGAAUGGUGAUUGACAAGAAGAUGCAAAAGAAAAUGAAAAAAGCUCAUAAAAAGAAGCAGAAACACCACAAACAUGGCAAGCAUUCCUCCUCCUCCUCCUGCUCUUCCAGCAGUGACUCUGACUGAAUACAAGGCCUGGACCCUUCCCUCAAGUCUCUCCAGUUCUGCUCUCCCAUCAAGCUUCAGAGGCCAUCUUGUACUGGGGGAAAUUAGCCCUUGUGUCCCUCCCCCCGCCACCCCUGCAAUCUAAGCCUCACUCUGCUGUGAAAAGAAUUGCUAUGGGCUAGCAAAGGCCAUCCUCCAACUGCUUGGAUAGAACUUUUAGCUGGUGAAUUUUGCAGGAGAACUAUUUUUUGAAGAUGGUGAGAUUUGAGCUAAAUGCUGAAGACAAGUCUAAGAUCUGUAAAAUGUGAUUUUUUUACUUUCUUUUGUAAUACUCAUGAUUGGGAAGAUGCUGUGGAAAUUUAAUUAUGGAAAGGAAAAGACAACCUGUACCUUUCUUGUAAUUGUGGCAUGCUUGGGUGAUUUAGUGGCAAAUAAACAUUUCCCAGCAGGCCUUUUAUUGAUUGCACUCACUGCAAGGCUGCGGGGAAGUGGAGUCCAUUUGUCUGAUGAGCUCUGACUGCCAUUUUGGAAACUGAUCUCUACCCCUUAGCUCAGUAUGCUAUCUCAGGUCCUCCUCUCACUCUCCAACUCUCAGUCCAAAUAAACCUGUUUCUCCUGG